GUGUUUUCUCAUGCGCGUUUAAAAUUGGAGAUGAGUAAUACCAACGAGAACGAGGAAUCUGGCCAUGUGCCAGAGCGUGGGGACCAAAACAAGCAAUUGUGUGAUGCACAGGUUCAACAGGAGGUUUCUUCUAUUUCUGUUCCAGAAGAGAUAGCUGCCAAUCCUGCCGAAAAUGUGAAGGGAGUGGCACCUGCUGGUGAGAAAAAUCAGGAAACGGAGGUUAUGUCGGAGGAUACUCAACAACAAGAAGUUCAAAAUACUCUUCGCUCCAUCCCGGUAGAAUCCGAUGCUCAAAUUUUGGUAAAAUUGAGUCAGGACACGUAUCAGAUGUGAAGAGUGAGGUCAAAGAAUUUUCACAGACAGAUACGGGCAUAGAGAGUGAUGCUGUUGUUGGUAAGAAAAAUUCUGAUACAGCCGAAACAGUUAAGAAUGUCAAGCCUGAAGCUUGUGAAGCCACUGCCAGUGAAACUUGCAAAAAUGGUGAUUCCACACCCAUGGUUCAUAACGAACCUGCGACACCGCAAGCAGUUCCUGUUGAUACAAAAGCUGGGGCUGAGAAUGGCAUAAAAGUUGAGACUA